AGAUUACGAUUGGAUUGGCUUCGGGUUCAGCUGGGAGGCGGGACGAGUUCUUGGUCCCACGAGGAGAGGUGGUGAGGAUCCCGGGAGUAAAGUACCGGGCCCAGCCCGCUGGCCCCCAAGAUCGGCCUCGGCGCCUCUGGUCUCGGACUCCUGGGUAUUGCGGGUUGAAGUCCGGAUUCCUACUGGCCUGCAAGAUGGAGGAAGGCGGGGACCCGGCAAGCCUGACUAAGGUGGUCCAUCUACUGGUCUUGUCCGGGGCCUGGGGCAUGCAAAUGUGGGUGACCUUCUUCUCAGGCUUCCUGCUUUUCCGAGGCCUUCCACGACAUACCUUCGGUCUCGUGCAGAGCAAACUCUUCCCAUUCUACUUUCACAUCUCUAUGGGCUGUGCCUUCGUCAACUUCUGCAUCUUGUUUCCACAACACGCCUGGGCUCAGCUCACAUUCUGGGAGACCAGCCAGCUCUGCCUGUUGUUCCUGAGUCUCACACUUGCCACCAUCAAUGCCCGUUGGCUGGAGCACCGCACCACAGCUGCCAUGUGGGCCCUGCAGACCAUGGAGAAGAAGCAGGGCCUGGGUGGGGAGGUCCCAGGCCGCCACCAGGGCCCCGACCUCUACCGCCAGCUGCGGGAGCAGGAUCCCAAGUACAGUGCCCUCCGCCAGAUCUUCUUCCGCUACCAUGGCCUGUCCUCCAUUUGCAAUCUGGGCUGCCUCCUGAGCAAUGGGCUCUGUCUUGCUGGCCUUGCCCUGAAUCUCAGGAGCCUGUAGCACCUACUGCUUCUUCGUCUCUGCUGGGGCCCCAGAUCUCAAUAAACCCAUCUUUGGAAA